AAAUUUCCAGUCUACUAUGCUCAUGAUAAAUUGGAUGACUUCAUCAAUGUUGUUAACAUCCAUCUACAGCCUUUCUUUAUGCAGAUCCGGAAGGGAAUGUCUGAAGAUGAUGGGAGAACAUAUUACGCAUUGGUGAAUCUGGCAGAAACUGAAAUAUCUAAGAUGGCAUCUGACUAUACAGAAAAUGAGUUAGAAUUGUUCAGAAAAACUAUGGAUGUGAUCAUCAUAUCAGAAAGUGGCUUUGCAUCUUCCACAAAUAUUUUAAACCUGGCUGACCAACUUAAAACAAAGAAAAUGAAGAAAAAGGAAGCAGAGCAAGUGCUGCAAAAUUUGGUGCAGGAUAAGUGGCUCUCUGAACGAGAUGGGGAGUACACGUUGCACACUCGCUGCAUAAUGGAGAUGGAGCAAUACAUCCUCAGCAACUACCAAGACUUGGUGAGGAAAUGUAACAUCUGUCACAGCCUCGCCAUCCAGAGUCAAGUAUGUGAAACUUGUGGAAUUGGAAUGCACUUGCCUUGUGCUGGAAAAUAUUUCAAAGCUCAGACGGAACCACACUGUCCCCACUGCAAUGAGUUUUGGCCACAUGAGAUUCCAGAGAUAAAUCGGCCAGAUUCCCAGUUGCCUUCAAGUGCCCUGAGGGAGAGGAGAAGAACCUCAUCUUCAGGAACAAGGCGGCGUUAGAAAGACCAGCUUCAGUUAGAGCGGCCAUUUUCUUUCACUGUCUUAAAGAUGAGCCCAAUUGCAGUUUACUUCAUCGUUAGUGUAAAAUGUGUCAUUCUGAAAGUAGGAAUGCCUAGGGAACAAAGUCAACUUUCUUUUUAUGGUUUGUUUUUACUUGGCUAAAAUCGUGCUAGAAGUUUGAAAAUAAAACUGUUCUGUCCUUGGCCUCCCUGCUCAAAGGUCCUGCUUAGUUCCAGCACUGUUAAGAAGGUCAGCAUAGCUGUAGUGGAGGCUGUCAUGGUAUGUGUACAUACCUACCAUUAUUGCCAAAGGGGGGGGUGGGACAUUACACCUGUGUAGGAAUGGGAGAUUUGACUGCUGCUGCCUCAGCUGUGUAAACUGAUCCACAUAGACAGACCUUUAUACCAUGCCUAGUCCUGUUAAGUUAAAUGGGGCCCUGCCCAGGUGCAGGGAUCCAUCUGCACAGGUCUGAACGUGCAACUGGGACAGGAGAGCUCAGUGCAGGGGAGUUUGUGCAAAUCCUCCAAAAAUAAAACUUUUUAAAAGAGUCAAGACCUAUUUCGACUUCCAUUUUAAAACUGUUAUAAAAUCAAUGAGGUUUGUCAACCAUUCUGUCAUCCUGGUUGAAUUCAGUGAAGGUGCCUCUGACAGGGCUCAGUAUUAACAUCUCAUCCCCACCUAGGUCCAGCCCUUCUCUGAAAGGAUGCUUUUAAACAGAGUAUUCACAUACACAUUCACUCUUUAUUGCUGCAAAUCUGACAAAGAGGUGGUGCCAGAAGCACAUCUCAGGGUUUCCCAAGAUUUAAGAGCAUCUAUUAAGCCUCCUUUUAAUAUCAUGAUUUCGUGGUAAUUGUUGGUUGUAAUAAAUAAUGCUAAGUUA